AUGUCCUUCCACUUCGAACCACAGGCCGACUCUUCGGACGACGAAGGACAGCUCGACCUCUCAGCAUGGCAAGGUGCAGCGAAACCGGCAGUCCAGCGCCCUCCUGUGGCGCGCAUGCAGGCGAAUGAUGAAGAUAUGGGAGACCAAGAUAUCCAGGUUGACGAAGCCACGUACGCCACUGCCUCCGGCGCUUUGCAAGAAGACAGCGACGAGCAAGAGGAUGCGGCAGAUGGCAAUGGAGAUGGGGACCGCAGCGAGGAGGAAGCCAGUCCUGUGUUGGAAAUCAGCAGUGUUUCGGAGUCCAGCGAUACUCGCAAGCGACAGAGAAGCGGCCAGCAGAAUGGAGCCUCCUCGAGCUUCACCGCGAUCAAUCAACCAGUCACCCUAUCCUCCGACUCGGACAGCGAAGGUGGCCAGCAAUCGACGUCUAUAAGUUCCAGCAAAGGCCAGCGCCAGCUAGUCCCGGUCAUUUCACGUCGGCUGCCUUCGGAUGCUGGCGACUUAGAGGACUAUGAAGACUUCACGGCUGGCGGCGAAGUUGUACGGCGGGUCAUGAAGGAGCUGAAGAACGGGCAGAUGGACAUCGCAUACAGAGUCGAGUUUGAGGACCUUCAUGUCGAAGAGAUACCCUUUGAAGAGCUCCUGUCAUAUGAGAACGGCGACGUCGCUCUAAACCUCUUCGAAAACCAAUCUUCACCAGAGACCACCCCUGAGCCGGAGCCUGUCACACGAAAGCGUGGAAGAUCGAGGAUGUCUACUUCGCGGCCUAGCCGCAGAGUCGCAGUUCGGCCUGGCUAUGUCAGCACUAUUGAUGCACUCCCACAGUCCGAUGAUGAGGUCAGCGGAGCACGCACGAGAGGCAGCAAGCGCAAGCGCGGUCAGCAGUCGCAAUACAUCGAUGAGCCACAGAAGUCGUCUGAAGAGGAGCCAUCUGAAGACUCUGACGACGAAGGUGGCUCAAGACGUCGGAGGCGACGCCGCGUUGAGCAGUCAAAGCCAAGCCGGUCUCUUCGAAGCUCAAGGCAUCCAAUCUACUCCAGAGAGUUGCAGGAUGACGACGAAGACGACAGCGAUGAUGUUCAGUACCUCGAUUCCGACAUCGUUGGGCCGACGACGCGGCGUAGGGGCGCACCAAGGAAGUCUGUAUCCGUCGAGAGUGGCAUUGGCGGAGGCAGACGCAAGCGCAAUCAGCCAGCCAUGCGACACUCUGGCCGUUCGACCAGGCAUCGAGGCGACAUGGAAGAGGUCGGUGAGAACAACAUCUACUGGUCUGACUCUUCCGAUGAGAUGACACGUGCACCACCAAAGCCCAAGGUUGUCGCCGUCCGCGAGCAGUUUAAGACGCCGCCGCGUAACGACGACUUCCGCAUGAGGCACAAUCAGGAGUGCGAGUCGUGCGGGAAUGGAAUGAAUUUCUCCCCACUCAUCUACUGCCAGGGUUGCACACUGGCAUACCACAAGGGCUGUCUGGGAACACGAAGCACCAGAGAGCAUCUCGUUACGAAACUUGAAGGAGGCGACUCUGUCCUGCAGUGUCGCAGAUGUGUGGCUGUCGCUUGCAAAAAGGACCCGACGGCGCCGGACCAAGGCAAAUGUGCAGAUUGCCGUGAGCACGGUAACGCUUGUCUGCCGUUCCGACCUCGCAAAACGACAGCUCAGGAGCAGAAGGAGCGGGAAGAAAAUGAUGGAGUUGAUCCAAUCUACGACGUCGAUGCUUCACGUAUCAACAAGGCAGACAACGUGCUCUUCCGCUGUCUAAGCUGUUGGCGUGCCUUCCAUUUCGAGCACUUGCCUUCUCGCUCAGAUAUCAUGGACAUGGAUGGCGAUGUGGACCCAGAGCAAAGACUCAGAGAGUAUAGUCGGGAUUGGCGAUGCAAAGACUGCCUGGACAUGCCCGCCAAGGUCUCAGGGAUCAUUGCUUGGAAGCCUCUCGACGAAGACAGCUAUGACCCUGGCGUCUCAGUCGAAGCAAUCGAUGAAGACGAGAAGGCGUACCUUGUCAAGUGGGACGCCAUGAGCUACUUCCGUGCUUGCUGGAUGCCCGGAGCUUGGGUCUGGGGUGUCACUGCGGCCGCAAUGAGGAAGGCUUUCAUGAAGCGUGACGACAGUCAGCACCCGAAGAUGCGCACCGAAGACGCGAUACCCGAAGACUGCCUCCGUACCGACAUUGUGCUCGACAUCAAGUACACCAGCAUCGUUCAUAUCCGCACCGAAGCUAUCGACAUGGCUCGCAUCCGCGAGAUCGACAAGGCUCUCAUCAAGUACAAAGGUCUUGGCUACGAGGAUGCUGUGUGGGAAGCUCCGCCGCUGCCUGACGAUGGCGAUCGCUGGAACGACUUCGUGAUGGCAUACAACGACUGGAUCAUGGGUCGUUACAUCCGUCCACCGAAGCCUUCCACGCUGAAGUCCAGACUCGACAAAGCGCGCCACCAGGACUUCGCUAAGCUAGAGAAGAAGGCGCAGCCGGAGAAAAUUGAGGGAGGCGAGCUCAUGAAGUAUCAGAUCGAAGGGCUGAAUUGGCUUUACUACAAGUGGUUCACGCAGAAGAAUGCUAUUCUGGCGGAUGAGAUGGGCUUGGGCAAGACCAUCCAGAUCAUUUGCUUCCUUGCUACCCUUGUUGCCGAAUGGAGCUGCUUCCCUUUCUUGGUCGUCGUUCCCAAUUCGACUUGCCCCAACUGGCGCCGCGAGAUCAAGCGAUGGGCUCCGAAACUCAGGGUCGUGGCUUACUAUGGCUCAGCUGCGAGCAGAGACCUGGCCAACAAGUACGAACUCUUCCCAGAAGGCAGCAAAGAGCUUCGUUGUCACAUUGUGAUCACCAGCUACGAUGCUGCUUCUGAUCCAAGCAUCACCCGCUUCUUCAAGAGCGUCAACUGGCAGGGUCUCGUCGUCGAUGAAGGUCAGAGACUGAAGAAUGACAAGGGCCUUCUAUACAGUGCUCUCAGCGCCCUGAAGAUUCCAUUCAAGAUCUUGCUCACUGGCACGCCGCUGCAGAACAACCAGCGCGAGCUGUUCAACUUGCUGCACUUCCUGGACGAUUCUCACGAUGCGGCGCAGCUCGAGCAGGAGUUCGCAGACUUGGACACUGACAAGAUUGUCAAGCUUCACGAUAUGAUUCGGCCUUUCUUCCUACGACGCACCAAAGCCCAGGUUCUGACAUUCCUGCCGCCCAUGGCGCAGAUCAUCGUCCCUGUCAGCAUGACCAUCGUGCAGAAGAAGCUCUACCGCACCAUUCUAGCCAAGAACCCGGACCUCAUGAAGGCCAUCUUCAGCGCGGAAGCGCCACUGAAAGGUGCCGAGAAGGCGAGUUUGAGCAACAUCCUCAUGCAGCUGCGCAAGUGCCUCUGCCAUCCUUUCGUCUACAACAACAGCAUUGAGGAGAAGAACGUGUCGCAUGGGAUGUCGCACCGCAAUCUGGUGGACGCAAGCUCCAAGCUCAAGAUCCUCGAACUGCUCCUGCCCAGGCUCAAGGAACGCGGACACCGGGUGCUCAUUUUCAGCCAAUUCCUGGACAUGCUGGAUUGCGUCGAAGACUUUCUCGAUGGCAUGGAACUACAGUAUCAGCGUAUUGACGGAAGGAUCAAUGCCCUGAACAAACAGAAGCGCAUCGAUGAGUUCAAUGCGCCGGACUCGCAGUCUUUUGCUUUUCUGCUCUCGACAAGGGCUGGUGGUGUGGGCAUCAAUCUUGCAUCUGCUGAUACUGUCAUCAUCCUCGAUCCGGACUUCAACCCUCACCAGGACAUCCAGGCUCUGAGCCGCGCGCAUCGCAUCGGGCAGCACAAGAAAGUGUUGUGCUUCCAGCUCGUCACAAGAGCGAGUGCGGAAGAGCGCAUCAUGCAGAUGGGCAGGAAGAAGCUUGCUCUCGAUCAUGUGCUCAUUCAGGAAAUGGACGCAGAUGACGCCGAUCAGAACGAUCUCGUAUCAAUCCUUCGUCACGGUGCUUCCGAACUCUUCGAGGACAAUGGUGACCAGGACAUCACGUACGACGGCGCGAGCGUCGACCGUCUACUUGAUCGCAGCCACAUGGAGAACACACGAUCCGGAGAAGACACCAGUGCAGAGACGCAGUUCUCCUAUGCCAGAGUCUGGGCCAACGACCAAGGCGCACUUCAAGAUGAGAUGGUUGAAACCGUGAACGAUGAAUUACAAGCGCCGAAUCCGAAAGUCUGGUCCAACAUCCUCAGGGAUCGUGAGCGUGUCGCGGCGGAAGAAGCUGCCGCACGUGCAGACGCCUACGGUAGAGGUCGUCGAACCCGUGGCAACGUGGACUACAACAACGAAGGCGGGCUGGACGAAGCUGGCAUCGAACUCACACCGCUGAAGAAUAAGAAGGUGAAGACGGGAGACGAUAGCGAUACUGACUUCCAGGCCGACGGUAGCGAUGCGGACGACGACGAUCUCGACGGUGAGCUUGACAUUCCAAUGGAUGGGGAUGCGAUGGAGGGUGUGGAGGGGGUUACUAAACGUGAAACAGGUCCUAAGAAGAACGGUAAGCAUGAGACUCUCAUUCAGUCGACACCCAACAAGAAGGCUGCUGCCUCGACUCCGGCUGGCGUGUCCAAGAAAACUCUGGCGACUACGCCGAAGAAGGCUGCGCCGGUUGCCACGCCGAGCAAAAAGUCCAGGUCGGCGGCGAAGCUUCUGAAUGAGGAGAUUAUCGUGAUGCCUCGUGCUACUCCCAGCAAGAAGACUGCGAAAUCGCCGAAGUUCAUUGCCUACGCUCCAAAUCCCGAUGCUUCUUCUUCAACCAAACAGCCAGGCGCCGGUGUCCCUGGCAGAAAGCGUCCACAGCCGAAGGCGAAAAGUGGAAAAGCUACUGCUCCUCCGGUGAAGAAGCCUGCCGCUCCAGCUACGCCAAAGAAAGCUGCUGCGACUACCCCGGCGUUCAACACGCCCGGUUCGUCUCAGAAGCCCAUUCUCCUCGAUGAGAGCGGUGACGAAGACGCAUUCGUCGGUGCUUCCGAGGAUCCAAUUCCACAAGAUCCUUCUGUUCCGGCAACCCCAGCAGCAAUAUCUCCUUCUACUCAACAAGCAUAG